UAGGUAUGUACAGUAAAUAUCGGCAGCACCUGCGGUUGGUUUUAACGAUCGCUAGCUUGCAUUGUGUGUAAAUAGAGCGGGUCUCAAAGAGUUUCGAUCACGAAGAGAGCGUUGAUUUGAUAUCGGUUUGGCCCUUUAAGCUUACCACUUCGGAUACCCUUACAGCUACUAAUACCACUGCCACUAUCACUAAUACCAGAUCGUCUUUAGGAGAAUAAUAAAAACACAGCCUUGAAAACAAACAAACAAAAAAGAGGUACAGAUUCAUAUACUUGUCCUUUUUACACCAACGUGUAAAUCGAGUUCCAGAGUCAUACUUAUACCGAUACCGAUACACCCGUACCCAUUCGAACAUACCUACCUAGGUAUAUAUACGUCAAAGUCUCCUCUCUCUCUUCCCUUUCUCCAAACAUCUACCCAUCCAAAUCAUGAAGGUCCGAUACAGAACCCCCUCCGGACCAGGCAGUUUGGAGCUUGACGACGAUGCCAAUGUGAUCCAACUUCUCGAAGCCCUGAAGUCUACUACCGGGUUGGAAAACUUUUCGGUCAAGUAUGGCUGGCCACCAAAAGCACUAGGUACUGACGAAAGUGAUGUCACCGUGCAGUCCUUGGGUCUCCAUCGCGAAGUGCUCACCAUCGCGCCUCUAGAGAAAGCCUCCGCUGCGCCAACCGUCCCCGACACCUCCCCUAACUUAGAACCAUCUAAGGGUAAAGGCCGAGGCAUCAAGGACCAGCAAAUCAGUGUGUUUAUGCCCGAGACAAAUUCUACUCUAGUCCUUCGAGUCAUGCCCGAUGACAACAGCUGUCUAUUCACAGCCGUCGGUGGUGCCUUGCGUGGGUUUCGUUCAGACCCAGACCAGCUCUUCAGUGCCGAGGCUCUUCGCCGUAUUGUUGUCGAUCACAUCCACGCCAACCCGGAGAAGUACACUGCCGUCAUCCUUGGCAAGAGCCCGCAAGCAUACUGCAACAACAUGCUGCGACCCGACGUAUGGGGAGGCGACAUCGAGCUCUCUGUCAUAUCCGAGGUCUUCCAGCUCGAGAUUUCCGUCGUCGAUGUCAAGACAGGAAAUGUAUACCGGAUCGGCCAGGGGAACGGCUACGAGAUGCGCUGCGUCAUUGUCUACUCUAACAUCCACUACGACCGCGUCGCCGAGAUAUUUGUCGAGGGCCAAGAAGUCUUAGAAUUCGACGUCGCGCGCUGGGCUGUAGAUAGUAGCGAACAUAUCAUCACCCACACCCAGGAGUUGUGCAAGAAACUUAAGGAAGAGCACCACUAUUACACAGACACCUCCGAUUUUGUUGUCAUGUGCAACCAGUGCGGCUGGCUAGGCCAGGGUCAGAAAUCCCUCGCCGAGCAUGCAAUCCAGACUGGCCAUUCGGAUAUCAGCGAGAUCAAGGAUAACUCAUAGUUAGUCGGUUACGGUUUGCACGGUAGAAGAGGCAGGUACCAUCAUAGGGAGUGAAGUAACAGAAGUGCUAGGUACUCCGUUGGUCGUGACCUCUAGUAUGGAAACCCCGACGGAUGACCUUAUGUAUAUACGCAUCAGUCUCGGCCUUGUAAUUAACAAUGGGAGUAGUUUUAUUCUCCCAAUCCCCAGAUACUAAUAUAUAGAGCACGUGUAAAACA